ACACACACUUCUCUUCAGUCCUUGCACCUUUCUCCAUGGCCGUAGUCAGUGGAACGUACUGCCCAUUUCCCUCUCCCCCCUUCUCCUUCUCGGUUGUUUCUUCCUCCAAAGAAACAAGUUCAAAUUCAAGCUCAAAGUCAGUGAAAUUAAGGGAGGACUGGAGGAAAAAGUCCAGACCAAUUCCUCCUGGUGGGGUCUAUCCAGCAAAGGACCACUGCAGUAAAUGCGGGUUGUGUGAUACUUAUUAUAUUGCCCAUGUCAAGAAUGCUUGUGCUUUUCUAGGAGAUGGCAUGUCCAGAAUUGAAGCCUUAGAACAGAUGGUCCAUGGCCGAGGGAGGAAAGCAGAUUCGCUGGAUGAGGUGUACCUGGGGGUCUAUGAGAAUCUUUUGUAUGCUCGAAAAAUUAAGCCUGUUGAUGGAGCUCAGUGGACUGGAAUAGUUACAACAAUUGCCGUGGAAAUGCUUAAAACUGGCAUGGUAGAAGCUGUUAUUUGUGUCCAGAGUGAUCCUGAAGAUAGAUUUACCCCAAGACCUGUCCUAGCAAGGACACCAGAGGAAGUCAUUGCAGCCAAAGGUGUUAAGCCGACACUAUCCCCUAAUCUUAACACCCUGGCCCUUGUUGAGGCAGCUGGAGUGAAACGCCUUCUUUUUUGUGGUGUAGGGUGCCAAGUGCAAGCAUUGAGAUCUGUUGAGCACCACUUGAAUCUGGAGAAGCUUUAUGUUCUAGGUACUAAUUGUGUUGAUAACGGAACAAGAGAAGGCUUAGAUAAAUUCCUGAAAGCAGCUAGCAGUGAGCCAGAAACUGUCCUCCAUUACGAGUUUAUGCAAGAUUAUAAGGUUCAUUUGAAGCAUUUGGAUGGACAUAUUGAAGAGGUUCCCUAUUUCUGUUUACCAGCAAAUGAUUUAGUAGAUGUCAUUGCACCAUCUUGCUACAGCUGUUUUGACUACACAAAUGGUUUAGCGGAUUUGGUGGUGGGAUACAUGGGUGUGCCAAAGUAUAGUGGUGUCAGCAUGACACAGCAUCCACAGUAUGUUACUGUCAGAAAUGAAAGAGGACGAGAAAUGCUGAAACUUGUUGAAAACCUUUUGGAAAUUACUCCUACAACUAGUCUGGGGAAUCGACAACCAUUUGUCAUGGAGACAGUGAAGGCAGACGAUAAAGCCAAGUUGGGACAGGGUCCUUCUCAACCUGCCCCAAAGUUUGUUGGCAACUUUUUAGCAUUUGUAUUGAACUUAAUUGGCCCAAAAGGUCUGGAAUUUGCUCGUUAUUCAUUAGAUUACCAUACCAUCAGAAAUUAUCUACAUGUAAAUCGCACAUGGGGAAAACAAAGAGCUGAUAGGCACAUGCCAUCAUAUGCAAAAAAAAUUGUUUCUAUUUAUAACCAGAAUGGGGAAAUUGAUCAAAUGCUCUUGACUAAGUGAUGAAAACACAGCAAAAGGUGGAAAUUCCCUUCACAUUCCCAUGUAUGAGGACUUCCGUGCAUUGCUGCUUCUAUAUAUGGUGAUGGGCUCCUGAAAUGUGGCCAUGUAGUGAUAACGCCACAUUGAAGGCAAACAUCAUAGUUAUUUGAGGUCAGUCUUUGUUCCGCUCCAAGUUUCAUCAGUAUCUGAAGUGGCCAGCAUUUAAUAGAAGAAAAGGUUUUAAAUUCUGAGGAAAUGGGCUUUUGGCCUAUUUGGUGGACCCUCAUUUAUCCUGGCAGUUGUAAAAUUUCAAACUGUCUGAAUUGUGUACAAAAUGAUAUUUUCACUCACUGACCCUUAUCAUUCCCUAGGCUUGUGUUAGAUUGAGUUCAACUCAUCUAAUUUUUUGCCCUCCAUCUUAAUUCGUCUCCAGAAAAGAGUAGUACCAAGCGUUCCUUUAGAUUUUGUAAUUAGAGAUACUUGACUGUUCUGCACAAAACUCAUUGCUUCACAGCAAGUCAAACUAAUGCUUGUAUGAAAACUUGGAUCAAGAAAUUCUGAUUA